AUGAACGAUAAUAAUGGUGGUAUUCCAAGCUCUCUUUCGGUUCUUUAUGGAAAGAAUUGGUUUCGAUGGAAUAAACAAAUGCAAUCGUUGUUUGAUUUCCAUGAAACCCUUGAAGUGGUUACUAUUAGUGUUCAUGUGCUUGCUGCAAAUGCAACUGAUGCUCAGAGAGUCAGCUACAAGGAUUCCAAGAAGAAAGAUUGCAAUGCGCUAUUCUGCAUUCAAUCGGUGGUAGACUCAGCGAAUUUUGAUCAAAUUUUUCAUGUUGAAUCAGCAAAUGAGGCAUGCGAUGUUUUGGUGACGUAUUACGUAGGUGUUGCAGAUGAACAUGUUGGCUCCAAGGACUGGCUCCUCGACACAGGUUGUUCGAACCACAUGACUGGUGGAAGAGAGUGGUUAGUAGACUUCGACGAAUCAAAGAAGAUAAAGAUAAAACUUGCAGAUAAUAGCUCGUUAUCACUCAAUAAACUGAUUACUCAAGAGAUGGUAAAUGGCAUACCAGGUCUUGUGAUGCCCGACAAGCUCUAUGAGGGUUUCUUAGUAGGGAAGGAAUCCAUAAACUCUUUUGCUUCGACUGUACCAGUGAGAUCCUCUUGUAUACUAGAAGUAGUACAUUCAGAUGUAUGUGGCUCGUUCGAGGAUCAUUCCGUUGGUGAAAACAUGUAUAUCAUUUCAUUUAUUGAUGAGUAUAGUCGAAAGCUGUGGAUCUAUGUGAUUAAGAAAAAGGACGAAGUAUUUGAAAUCUUUAAUAUAUUCAACAAGCUUGUCGAAAACCAGAGUGAAAAGAAGACCAAGCUUUUGCGUAUAGAUGGAGGUGGUGAAUACACAUCCAAGACGUUUGAAGAGUUCUAUGAAGAAGAUCGUAUUGAUCAUGAGGUAACUGCUCCUCACAUGCCUCAACAUAAUGGAAUAGGAGAAAUAAGAAAUAAAACAUUAUUAGAUAAGGUAAGAUGCAUACUAAAGCGGGAGAAUUUGCGAAAAUCCUUAUGGGGUGAAGUAGUCACCGUUGUUGUUUACAUUCUGAACAUGUGCCCUACUAAGAAGUGA